AUGGCAAAACCAUUAACAGCAAUGCAAGCCGCCCUGCAAGAUCCCAAACAUCUUCGCGGAUGCGCCGAAGAAUAUCACUAUGAGGCCCAACGUAGAUCCUGGCUUCGACCAUUCAUCAUCCAAUCCAUCAGUCCCUGCUCAGAAACGCUCGAGGUCCCAAACCAAUUUCACAAACGAGUCGCCAAGACCAUCGCCCAGCUGGAUCCAGACGAUUGCAGACAAUUCUGCUGGAAGGACUGCCCUAUCUACUGCAACACCUCCGUGAACGCUAUGGUCCAUGUUGAGAUUCUCGAAUUUGUGUAUAGGGAGUGGUUUCCGCACCGGGAUAGGGAGAGGGACAUUUCCUUCGAUAGUUUCUUUGGGAAGUCUAUGCGCUUCUACCCACCCGUGGACAUGGCGGAGAUGGUGUCGUUCCAUCAGAGGCUGUGCGAGCGGCUCGCAAUGCUCGAAUUGGAUGUAUUGGCACCCGAGUAUACGAAAUCCCAUCCGAAGCAUGGGCAUGUUAGGGAAAGGGGGCUGUUUAAGUUGAGAGAGACGUUCUGCAAUCUCUUUAUGGUAGCUGAUCACAAGGAUUGGAGAGAGCGGGGAGUACUACUCGUGUGCAAGGACGAGGAAACCGCGACGGCCCAUGGUAUCAAUGAAACAAAGAAGGAGGAUCUGUCAAGAGAGAAAAGUUUCGAAGUUGAGGACAUGCGUUCAACUUGCGUAUUCCGCAUGAGUGUGAAACGUGCAAUGCAAGCUGUAGUCUUCCGUGACGGCGACAGGGGAAGAAGACGGAGAGAGUACAAUGAGGCGUUUGAAGAAUAUUUGGGUAGUGAAGACGAAUCUUGA